GCUGAGGGUGUGACUCCUGCCACGGUGGCUAUUCUGGAUGGAAAGGUGCAUGUGGGCUUGUCUUCAGAUGAGCUGGACUCCCUGGCCCGCAGUAAAACGACCCUCAAGGUGUCCAGGAGAGACUUGCCUUAUGUUAUCAGCAAGGUGGAAACAUUCAUAGUGCUUGAUUGAUCAUAAAAAAGACCUUUAUUAAGAAUAUGAAUGAGAUGUGAGUGAUUGAAUCAGUAGGGUUUGUCUGGAGGAACUACUGUCUCGGGUACAAUGAUCGCAGCUCAAAAGGCGGGAAUUGCCGUUUUUGUGACUGGAGGUAUUGGUGGCGUACACAGAGAUGGAGAAAAUAGUAAGUCACAAUGAGCAUUACUAAAAUAUAAUUGACAAUAGAAUAAUUUUAUUGCCUGUCAAUUCCCACCCACCAGUUGGCUCUUGCCUAUUACUAUAUACGACAAACCAGGAAGGUUUCAGUCACAACACAUGUGAAACACAUGAAGCCAGUUAUCAACCAGCUUCUUAUUGCGCAUCAAAGGACAGCAUGAAACAUUCUGAGAAAAGCAAUAUCUGUCCUUUUGAGUAUACCUGUACAUGAGCAUAGAGAUACCUGGUUAGAGUCACUGUAUUUGACAGAUGAGAGAUUGUAUAGAGAACAUGGCCACUUUUGUUCCUUUGGCAUCCAGGCACACAUGCUCCCUUUCUAAAGUGCUGCAUGUUGUCUUAAUGUUGACUUCUUAACUUAAAUGGCGCAUAUUUUAUGAUGCAUGAACAAUUACACUAAGUUGGUGGAUUCCAUGUGGAAACAUCCAGUGGCUUUUCACUGGACUGCUGCUUGGCAAUUUUCGCACAUGUGCAUUUAUUUGUUAGAACAGGUUUGGAGUGCUUACAUCCUGUGACGGGAAAUCGUAAUGUUACAGCAUCAUAGACAAUCACGUGCCACCAAAAGUCUGGGCAAGAUUCACAUAUGGGCCCUGGAUAUCAGCGCAGAUCUGACUGAACUGGGCCGCACUCCGAUUGCUGUGGUGUCUGCUGGAGUGAAGUCCAUCCUGGACAUUGGCAAAACCCUGGAGUUCCUGGAAACUCAAGGGGUCUGUGUAGCCACUUAUGGAGAGUCAAAGAGUUUUCCAGCUUUCUUUUCUCAUAAAAGUGGAUACACAUCUCCUUACAAUGUCCACAACGCUGAAGAAGCAGCUGAGCUUAUUGCGAGUACACUGUUUCUGGGCCUUCAGAGUGGACUCCUGAUUGCUGUCCCUCUUCCAGAUGAACAUGCUGCUGCUGGACAGCAGAUAGAAGAUGCCAUACAAGCUGCAGUGACUGAAGCCAGGCUAAAAGGAAUUAGAGGAAGAGAUGUGACCCCCUUCAUCCUACACAGAGUCAGUGAGCUCACCGAGGGACAAUCUCUACGAGCCAACAUAGCUCUAAUUCAUAAUAAUGCCAGGGUGGGCAGUCAGAUAGCACGUGCCCUUGCUGAGCGCACACAUCGUUCCCGAGGAGGCUGUAGGAGGCACAAGGAUGAGAAUCAGGCAUCAAAACCUAAAACUAUAGUUGUUGGAGGUGUAAAUGUUGAUUUCAUUGCUAAAGGUGCAAGCAAGUCCUUAUUGUUUGGACAGACAAACCCAGGAAGUGUGUGCCAGUCCUUUGGUGGAGUGGGAAGGAAUAUUGCAGACUGUUUGAGUAGACUGGGUCAAAAAGUUCUGUUUAUCUCAGCCGUUGGAGCAGAUUCUCAUAGUGAUGCUGUGCUCAACUACUGUAAACAUAUGGACACUCGUGCAGUUGCGAGAUUGCAGGGUCAGCGAACGGCCACCUACUGCGCUGUUAUCACAGAGAGUGGAGAACUGAGUCUAGGACUUGGGGACAUGGAUAUCCACCAGGAAAUCAAAGAGCAGUAUGUUUCACAGUACGAGGACCAGCUCUCCUCUGCAUCUCUUGUGGUUCUUGAUGGCAACAUUCCAGUUUCUACUAUCGACUACGUAUGCAGACUUGCUAAGAAACAUUCAGUUCCAGUUUGGUAUGAGCCCACGGAUGCUGAUAAGGCCUGUAAGCCCUUUGUUUCUGAAAGCUGGAAGGCACUCUCUUACACCUCUCCCAACCUGGCAGAGCUGUGCACCAUGAACCGGACUCUUCUUCUACCUACUCCACAGGUGUUGCCAAGCUCUCUGGAGGACGUGUUGGGGUGUGCAGCAGCUCUUUCUCGCCCCCUGCUGGAGCACCUGCAGUGCGUGGUAGUGACACUGGGAGCACUGGGAGUGUUGGUCUGUGGAGAGAAUGAGGCUGGAACAGUCAGUCUACGACCCCGAAAGCACAAACUGAAAGGAAGACUGUGUGCUGUGUACUACCCUGCGCUUUCAGUACAUUCUGACGAAACAUUCAACGUCUCUGGAGCAGGAGACAGUCUUGCAGGUGCAAUAAUGGCGGGGAUCCUACAGGGGAAAGACACAGACACCUGUAUACGAAUGGGUCUCCUUGCUGCACGUCUAUCUUUAUUCUCUCCUCACCCCAUUGCUCCAUCUCUGACUGCAGAUGCUAUUCUCCCAGACAGGGUGCACUCACAGCCCUGGCCCAAGCCAACCUGCAUGUGGAUGGAGUCAUAAUAAACAGGAUAUACCAGAAAUAUAACAGGAUAUAAAAUAAAAAUACAUUUGACUAUACAAAUACCUGCAUAUGACAUGAUAAUACAGAAAUAUUACAGUAUUAGAACAAACAAAUGGAUAUAACCAUGUGAUUUGAAUUACUUAUAUAUGUAAAUCUUGUAUAAAAAAAUUCAAAUAAUCCAA